AUUCCAGUGUUUUGUACCUGCGGCACAUCUAGGAACUGCAGGACAGCGGCUGGAGGACUGGAGUUUGACACCUGUGAUCCAGUCGUCAAGAGCUUCUGUCUGCAACUUUUAGAUGCAUCUUUACUCCAACAGACCAGGAUCAGCUCUGAACAGACCUGCUAACGAGCCAUUGAUUCGAUUCAGGUGUGUUGGAGCAGGGAAGCGUCCAUCCUCUCCAGGACUGGACUUGAGCACCCCUGAUCUACAGGCUUCUUCGAGGAGAGGUCCGAGGAAGAAGGGGGGAUGACAUGCAUGUGUCCAGCCUGCUAACAUCCCUGACGACUCGCACGCUAACAGACUGCCCACCCUCACGGCAUGGCGGAUGUACUGUACACGGGUCCGAUUCCAGCCGAGCAGGAGGGUGGUGAGCUGGCCAUGGGCGGAGGUCGCAGUGAGACGUCAGCUCUGAGCGAGGCAGGAGAGGCCCGGGGUUUGACCACUACCCAGAAUUCCCAGCGGCCUAAUGCCUGCUGCUUCUGUUGGUGCUGCUGCUGCAGCUGUUCAUGGAAUGAAGAGGAGAGACGGAAGAGAAGGAGGAAGAGAAUAUCACAGGACACCAAGAUAGAAACCAAACUUGAAACCUGUCCCAAGCCCUCGGUGGAGGAGAUCCGGAUGUGGUCUCAGUCGUUCGACAAGCUGAUGAGGAACCCCGCAGGUCGGAACGUUUUCCGGGAGUUCCUGCGGACCGAGUACAGCGAGGAGAACAUGUUGUUCUGGCUGGCAUGCGAAGACCUCAAACAAGAAAUCAACAAGAGUGCCAUAGAAGAAAAAGCUCGGUCCAUCUACGAAGACUAUAUUUCUAUAUUAUCGCCAAAAGAGGUUAGCCUGGAUGCCCGGGUUCGAGAGGUGAUCAACAGGAAGAUGCAGGACCCCACGCCUCACACGUUUGAAGACGCCCAGCUGCAGAUCUACACGCUGAUGCACAGGGACUCCUACCCACGAUUCCUCUCCUCCAACAUCUACAAGACCCUGGUUCUGGGCGGGUCCCGCACCUCCUCAGAGUCCUAGUCCUCCCUCCCGGAGCCCCUCGUCCGCCUCCAUGCUGCCUCGUGUUCCGCGGACAGGAGCGUUUCACCUCCUCUGUCACACACUCCUCUGUUCAAAUCACGUUUUCUUUGAAUCACUGCCAAGACGACCUCACCUUCUCUUUUCCACCAUCAGCUUCAGGUCUUUUUCAGGCCUUGAAAUUUGAAAUUAAUUUGAAUAAAUGUUCUGCACAUCCAAGUGAAGGAAAGUAGAAUCAGUUAACAUUUAUUGCCAGAAAUAUUCAAGUUCAAUGAUCCUCACUCGUGUUUACAGGUCAAGCCCAUCCAUGAAGGCAGAUUUAGUUUCUUCCUCUUUGUUUUCUUUUCUUUUUUUUUUCUGCUCUCCACCUCAGCAGUAAACAACCGGAGAAGGACGCGUUCCUGGAUAUUUAAGUAUUUAUGAGUUAGGAUCUACUGUUAUGUGGAGAUGUACUUGACUACUUUGAGAGUCUGAUGCAUUUCAAGAGGAAAACCGUUCGUCUGUGCCAGGAACCUUUGGUGGAUUCGCCGCAACGAGCCAAUCAGAGGAGGACGUCCCAGACUUUCAACCUGCAGUCGCCUCUUCCUGACAAAGGACGGAACGCUGAAAGGAAAAGACGGAUGCUGAAUCAUUCCCCCGUUCUUUCUGUUUUUCCUCCGUCCAACUGGAAAAACAGGGUGCUCGCUCCAUCUCCCACUAAAACAAAAAACCCACAAAGUUUUCUGGAUCAAUCGUUUCCCACCUGUCAUAAACAAACGGAUGAAGGAAGGACGACAUUCCUUCCAACUACUGAUUUACAAAAAGACGACAAGUCUAUUUUUUAAGAGAAAACUCUAUGAAACAAUUUUAUUAUAUAUAUAUAUAUUUUUUUUUCAUUUUAUUUCUCCUACUGAGUCCCUCACCUGAAUGAUAUUAUUUUUUGCAAGCAGAGGAGAGUUCCUCUGAGACUGUAUUGAUCUCCACCCAACACACACACACACACCGCAAUAAAACACUGGAGUCCAGUCACACACUGAUCAUAUUUGAGUCACUCUGCAUACAGGGAUUGUUCAGAAAUCAUAAGUUAAUUCACUAAAUAAUUCCCAGUGAUGAAGAAAACCCUGAGGAGUUAAAGAGGAGGAAAACAGAAGUCUGCUCUGAGCGUUUCCUGUUUCCCUCUCAGGGACAGUCGGUCUCUUUACUCAGGUUUUCCUGCUGGAGCUGUGUGUGUGUGUGUGUGUGUGUGUUACCAUUAAAAUGGAAGCGAAGGCAGCAGAUGACCGCUUGACUCAUAUUCCUCACAAGACCAAAACCAACUUCCUGAACGGUGUUCAGGAGCAGCAGAGUUCAGCUUGAAGCUGGUUUUUAAAGAAAGCCUCAGUUUUUAAGCUUUAUUGAUUAAUUCAGCCCAUAUAUGAUCAAAAGUUUGAUCACAUGUGGUUAUGAUUAGUGUUGACAUAAUCUUUUCUUGUUUUAUUUUUUUUAUGAAUCCUAACUUUGCACAUUAACUAAUGAGCUUUUCAGUCCAUCUGGUAACCAUGAAAAUAUCUGACAUGGAGCAGAGGUGUCCAAAGCGUGGCCUGAGGCCUGGGCUGAUUUGGUGUGGCCCCCAAAUAUAAUUCAAAAAUGACAUUAAUUUGGCUGCUAACUUGUGCAGGUUGUUGAUGCAAAUUGAGACUUUUUGUUUUGAAUUAGGGAAAAAUUAUUAGAAAUAAAUUAAAAUCUUCUAAUGAGGGGAAAACCAUUGAUGAAAUAGAAAAUAUUCAUCUUUUUGUAUUUUUUGACUUUAUGGGAAAUAGGAACACAUUUAUGUAGUGACUUGGUUAUGUAAAUCUGCUUUUAGCUAAUUGAUUAAGCUUCUCUAAAUAUGGCAAAAUUGAUCUAAGACUAAAAUCCUGUUUUUGUCCCAGUGAAGCUGAAAAACUAAAAAUUGGAAGUUUUCUUUAUUUAUUGUUCGUUUAGAUUAUUGUUGAGCAGGAAAAAAGGUCAUAAAAUAAUUUAUGAUUUUAAAUUGUUUUAUAAAUUCUAUAUUUUUUUGACUCAAGUGAUUCUGACUUGAUGAUUUUGGUCAAUGUGACAAAACGUUUGGACAUGGAGGCUAAAUCUUUCUGCAGCCUGUUAUUAUGGCAGGUUUGUAAGAUAAUAAUGAUUUGCUUAUUUAGUGUUGCAGUGACAACUUAAACACUGAGAACAAAUAGUCUCAUGAAAACAACUUAAAGUCUAAUUUCUUUCCAAACCUGGUCUCAAAAUUCAGCAUGGUGGCCUCAAUGAAUAACAUCUUCCUGUCUAAAUUUAGUUGCAUUUAUAUUAAAGAAAAUUUUGUUUUGUUUUGUUUUCUGUCAAGCUGAGGAUCCACAUCUUUUCUAGAAAAGUUGCCAGUUUAUUGUGCAACCUUUGGUGGAUAACAUUACUGCAGCCUAAAAAUCUCACAUAUGUGAACAAUAACCCUCUGUAGAUCUAAUUAGCCAAUAACAAACAAGGAUGAUUCAAUGUUUUGCACUUUAAAAAUAUCCAAAAAAAUCAAAACGUACAUUUCAGAACAGUCCCAGUAAGCAUAGUAAUUCAAACAUUCAUACACACACACACACACACACCAGGGUGGCCUACCUGGGCACUGCUGCUGCUGACCUCUGUAACCUCUCACCUUUGACCACACCACUGUCUGAUGCCAACUUGCACGCCUGCUCCUGAUUGGCUGCCGGAGGCCGCAGGGCUGAUCUGUGGUUGGUCAGUUCAGAAAGAGGGGUGGGAAAAAACAUCCCAGGAGCAAAAAAAAAAAAAAAACUUCAUGAAAAAUAGCUGAUAAAAACAUACAGAGAUGAAAACAAGGUAACUAUUGUAUGAGACGGUAUGCAUAACCCCGGUGCUUCUUGGGAAAUGUAGUGUGAGGAGAACAAAUGUUUGUAGAUGCCUGUAGCGGCAGACAGACCAUUUAAAUAUUAAAAAAAGAGCUAUCUGAGUCUUUUACCAGGUUGGCCACUCAGAAUGCAUUUACCUUAGUAUUGUUAAUGUUAUUUAUUUUAUAUUUUGUUAAAACUGUGAUUUUAAUUGUACAUAUAUAAACAGAAACCCUUGAGCA